GCCAUGUAAUGCUGAUAACAUUGCCAGCCCUGCCGUGACCCCAUCCCAUGGUCCGUUUUCGUGCAACUUUAUCUGUGGUCCAUGGCCUACUUGAAGGUCAACAGAUCCCUCGGCCUGAAGAAUUAUUUACAUUUCUUUUCUAUGAUUGCGCCUUUCUUUCCCGUCACACGAUCCCAUAGCGCUUCUCUAUCAACGACAUGACAAUAUGAUCUUUCAGCACAAGCCACCGACGCAUCAUCUACCAUUCUGAACAACUCUAUAAUCCUAUUAAACAAAAGGAAGUCACCCAUCACCACUAUUACUCAUGCGGACCGGUCAUAAAAGAAUGUUGAAAGCAUUCUGUUUCCGAGACAAAGAAAAGAAGCUGCCCCUCUUCUCCAUGGCUUUAAAAGAGUCUCCCUCCUCCAAUAUGCCCGAGCGCCUCCACCGAGCUACGGAAAAAGUGUUUCAGAGCGUCAUGAGAAUGAAGUCCUGGUCGCCCACCCGCUCGCGCAAGCAGCAAAGGGACGAGUCGGGUCGCUGCUAUCUCAUGGAACUCCCCACGGAGUUAUUACUAGAGAUAGUCUCGCACUUGACGCUCGUCCCGGAGGCGGCCUUUGCGCUGACCUGUAAGCGCAUGCUUGCGAUUUCCGACGAAAUCCUCAAAUCACAAUCCCUCCGAUUCGGUCGAGACUUUGCGCCGCUUUUCCACCACUAUCGGAAUGGUCACAACUUUGUCACGGCGCGAUGGCAGUUUAUCAACCUUUUGGAGAAUUCAAAGUGGCGCGUUUGCUCCAAGUGCUUGAAAUUACAUCCCCGCACGGCAUUUACCACACGCGAACUAAGACGCAAGUCGGAUCAUCGAUCGUGCAAUGUGGGCGAACUAGCAGGGAUCGUGGACUUGUGUCCCUGCAAGAAGAUCACCUUCCGCGAUAAACUGGAUCUAAUAGACCACCUGAGAGUUCGAAAAAUCUCCGUGAACGCCCUCAAGACACAGUUCGGUGAUAGAGUCGGAGACCGAUAUUGCUGGCAUUCAUGUACAGAGCAGUACGGACCGACCGAGCUGAAAAUAUCUCUCUUCCCGGAACUCGACGAGGAAGAUCAGUUGAUGAUACGCACCGAGUACCAGCUCACGACCGAAGCGGGCCAAGUCGGUAAAGAAGAGUAUAUGACACCGCGCUUUGGAUGCGCACACCGAUCAGCCGACCUCUGGCUUUCAAGCGUCUACCAAACUACCAUCUGCCGCCUCUUCGACUCUUUUUGCACUUCGUGCCGUCGCAUCUCGGUCUGCGGUGCCUGCAACACUACCUUGAAGUGUCCGCGAAAACAGCCGUUCCAUUCUGAAGAAUCCGGCAAAGACACAUUUUACUUCUGGACGCAGCGCAACCUCGGCGGCUCGAAUAUCAUUCCCGACGCUGCGUGGGGUGUACAACGCAUUCAUCCCGCGGAACCCUCGAUUGGCGUGGAGAACUGCAACGAGCUGUGCCCUUGGACGGUACGAGAACAUCCCCCUUUGACAUUCUCGCCCAGUAUUGGGGAGGAGGUUAUUGAGCCGGCGAUCAACCCACAGCCCUUGAGUUCACUCUACUCAUCGAUUCGAAUGUUGUAAAGGAGUUGGUUAGAUUGUUAUUGUUUCAGUGGGAUUUUCGUCUGGUGUUGGGGGAACUUUACAUUAUCAGCGCAUUGGAGUUUCAAGAGGGAUUGGGUUUGUUUCUAUUGCAUUGGGUGUAGGGCAUUAUGGGCUUUGAACAAACGAUAUUGUACUUUAUUCGAUCGAGGUUAUUUGGUCUCCAUUUACGAGAAUGUACAGACCAAGUCGUCGGG